AUGGCCAAUAAUAUUUAUACUCAUUCUGACAUCGUUCGAUUCGUUGCAAGAAAAAUUACUGAGAAUAUAGAAAGUAAAGAUCUUCUAAAGAGCAAUCAGCAGUUAUGCGCUAAAAUUUAUACUGCCUUUUCUAAAUAUAUAAGUCAUAUAUUUAAGAGAGCUUAAAAAGAAAACGCAUCCUAUUGUGAAGUUGAUAUCCCAUCUAUCGGUAUUUUCACUAGAGAAUCAGAUAGAGAGCUAAAAGCAUUCAUUGUUCAGUAUUAUCCUUCAUAGCAAAUUUGUGAUGAAGCCAGAAUAAUAAAGAAGGGUUAAUAUGUAAAGCAAGGAUGCUAAGUACUCUUAGACUUAAGGUUAGAUGAAUUUCCCUCUAAGAUCCUUGUAAUCAACAACAGUUAACAGGAUUUUGUUGAUAGAUCAUCUGUCCAUAAUCUUAUUGAGUCAAAGCGUUAAAAUCACUAUGAAUCAUCUAGUAAGAGAUCUGCUAGUCCAGCCCUUUCAUCAAGAUCAUCAAUUUGGCAGUCAAAGCUGGACACCCCAAAGACAAUGAGUAGUCAAACUAGAAAAGCAGCAUCAAGAGGAGCAGGUGGCUUAAGUCAAUUUGAAUCAGAUCCAUAUUUUAUUAUAAACUUAGCAAUGACCAAAUAAGCUCAAUAAAAUCUAAACAAUUCAGUAGCCUUGCCCAAUAUUACAAUUAAUCUUGGCAAUUUUGUGAGUGAUCACAAAAUAAACACUUUCAAAAAAUUAGAAAUGGAUUCUAGAAUAGACUAAGUCAACUAAGCUUAGCAGUAAAAAGAGAGGAAAGUUUUUGAUAAGACUAAUGAAUAGGUGGUGGACUUUCAAAGGAAUCAAGAAUAAAUUAAAUUAUAAGAGUUAAUAGAACUAGAGGAAAAAUAGAGAUAGAAUGAACAAAAGAAUACCUUAAGGUAAUAGCUUAUUGAAUAAAGGGAAAGAAAGAAACUUGAAUAGUAGCUUGAGAAAUAAUUGAAUAAGUAAUUUGAUUAUCAAUUCCCCUUCCAUGAUAAACCGAAUCACGGUAGAGCAAAGACCCUUCAAGAGAAUCUUAAAGUCAACCAAGAUGAUUUUAUUAAAAAACUGCCACUUCAGCAUGACAUAUAGGAAACUUAGCAUGCUUAUAGGCUGCUUAAAGAUCAACAUAGAGAAGAGACAGAUAAGUUAGCCACUGAUCGUGUGUAGAUAAAUUUAGAAUAGUUAAAGCAGUAGAAGUUAAGAGAAAAAGAUGUUUUCCAUAGAUAAAUUUAUGAUUAUCACCAAUAAGAGUAGUUUGUUCAAUAAGCUAGAAAGCAGAAUCUUAUCGAGACUAAGGAUACUCUUAAAGAAUAAAUCAAAGCGACUAAGACUAUGAGAGAAAAUUAAAAGCUAUUUGAGAAUAGCUUUACAUCUGGUGUGUAAUGGAUGGAUUCUCAAGACAUGAGUAAGACAUUCAAUAAUUUUGGUCCUGAUGAGAAGCCUGAAAGAGUUCAGUACUAUAAUAUCAAAGCAUAGUUUGAUAAGGAAUUGAUAAGAGAGCAUUUGAAGAAAUAAAUGAAGGACAAAGAGUUAGCAAAAAAGAGCUAAGAUUAGGAUUAUUUGGAUUAUGGGCGGACACUUAAUGAGCUUGCGAACUAAAUGAAUAGAUAGGAGCAAGAGAGACAAAAGAAUAAGUAGUAGACUCAAUUCUAGCAACUUCGAUAGGCCUGGGAUGAGCAGAAAAAGCAAAAGGAAGAUUUAAAAAUAGUUGAGAAAAUAUUCAGAUGA